CAUGAACUUAUCAUUUUAGGGGAACAAUUGUUUUUUAUAUUUUGGACAUACUCUCAAUUUUUAAAAUAUAUAAAAUAUCAUCAAUCAGAGUUCAAUUUUAAAUGAGAUUCUAUAUACUGAAAUAACUGUCUCAUGCUUUAUCCUUAGUUAUGAUUUUGUUAAAUAUCAUAUUAUUUAGAAUUAUUGGAGAUCAACAUUAGUCCAUUAUUUAUUGAAAUUAAAAGAUAAUUAAAAAAAUUAGGCUCGUUAUAANGUUAAUACAUUUGGGAAAGAGUUAAAGGUAGAGAAGUAUCUAGAUUUGUUUAUGGAGGCUGUGGACUAGAAGAUGGAACAGCUAAAUAGUAUCCUCAUUCUUAAAAUGCAAUUGUACUAUUAAAAAAUCAUGUUAUUGGAUCAUUAAAUAAUAUUGCAUUUACAAUUCCUGUUGAUGAAAACAAUGCAAAUAAUAGCACUUAAUGGAAAUUGGAAACUAUUACUAAAUUAAAUGAUAAAACAAGCUAUUUUGGAUUCACUAAUCCUAAAUUCAAUAUAAUAUCUCAAUUUACAACUAUUCAUUCAUUUGGCAAGUAUUUUCAAAUCUAAUCAAUUUAAUCUAAGAAAACUCCAAUUCGAUAAUAUACAUGUGUUGCUUCUAUGGCUCCUGAAAAUGUUGCCUAUAGAAAGGAACUAGUUAAGUACAUUGACUAUAUAUAUACAACAAAACAAUAAGCCAAAGUUCCUUAAUAACCUAAAUACCUGUAGGAACUACCAUUGAUGAUUAAAUGCUACGAAUCUUAGGGUGGUUUCUCAUAAUAUAUUCAUAAUCAUAAGGAUGAGAUGUAUGAUAUUUAAGGCCCCUAUGGACCACCUCAUGGUCUACCUAAUAGAGGCAACAUUGUUAUUAUAUGUGGAGGAACGGGAAUAUUUCCAUUUUUAGAUUUAUUAGAUUUUCUUUUAAAAACUGUUAUUCACCAAAUCGCAUUGAACAAGUUUGGCAAAUAAACAGCUGAUAAUCUGAAUCCUUAUGAUUGUUAAUUCAAUCCAAAUAUACAUAUUACUUUAUUUUUUGCAGCAGCCAAUAAAUCAGAAUUAAUUGGAUCUGAUAUUCUAUUCCCAAUUAUUUAAUUAUAAAAAUACUUAGAUAAACAAUACUUGAGAUUGAUCAUUAAAAUAAAGGAUAAAAUUGAAGGAAUAGAAACUAUUGAGGAGAGAUUUAGUAAAGAAAUGUUUGAUAAAUUCUUGGGGAAAACUAUGGAUUAUCAAAGAUUUUUGAUUUGUGGACCACCUCCGAUGUAAGCAUCAGUACCAAUCAUCCUUUAAGAAAUGGGAGUAUAAAACCGAUUCAUCCAUUUCAUCUGAUUUAUUAUUUACAUGAACUUAUCAUUUUAGGG